AAGAAUAGAGCUCAUUUUUCUGUUCUUUAAUAGAGUCAGAAGAGUAGAGGCUGCGGCGUCGGAAUUCCAACUCGUCUCGUCGGUCGAAAUUAUUGCAGAAUCCUGGCGGCGUGCCUUGCGUUUAAAUUGAGCCCGCACGCCGUUGAUCUUGACCCUGGCUUCAUUUCUUCACCAGAAUUCCAGUUAUGGAAUCCCUUUGUUUCUCCCCUGCGCAAUCACCCCUCACUCGCGCCAAUUCUUCAACCAACAUAAUCGCCGCCGAUGCUGUUAAGUGCUGCUUCCCACGCCGGAAUACGCUGAUCCACGCUACGCUGUCGAAAUCCGGAACGGAAAUUUUGCCAUCGUUCGAGAAGAGGUCCCCGGCGCAUCCAUCGGUGCCGUUGUUGCAAGUUUCUCCGUCUUCUCUUUUCCAGUGGGAGAGUGGGCGUUUGCUGCCGAAUGAGAAUUUGGGUAAAGGUAGUGCGAGCAACGGUUCGCUGGAUGCGAUGGAGUAUUUGACAAGUACUCUGGCCUCUAAGGUGUAUGACGUGGCGUAUGAGACGCCAUUGGAGUCGGCCACGAAGCUCUCUGAGAGAUGGGGAGUCCAUGUCUCGCUCAAGAGAGAGGAUCUUCAGCCUGUUUUCUCGUUCAAGCUUCGAGGCGCUUACAAUAUGAUGUCGAAACUCCCUGAGGAGGUGCUGGAGAGAGGUGUUAUAUGCUCAUCAGCCGGAAACCAUGCUCAAGGAGUGGCGUUAUCUGCGCAAAGGUUGGGUUGCAGUGCAGUGAUUGUUAUGCCUGUGACCACACCAGAGAUAAAGUGGAGAUCGGUUGAAAGACUGGGUGCUACUGUUGUGCUCAUAGGGGAUUCGUAUGAUGAAGCUCAAGCUUAUGCGAAAAAGAGAGCAGAAGAGGAGGGUCGGAUGUUUAUACCUCCGUUUGAUCACCCUGAUAUAAUAAUUGGGCAGGCCACUGUUGGAAUGGAGAUUGUGAAACAAAUGAAGGGCCCGUUGGAGGCAAUAUUUGUGCCGGUUGGUGGUGGUGGGCUCAUAGCUGGCAUUGCUGCCUAUGUUAAAAGGGUCUCUCCAGAGGUGAAAAUAAUUGGGGUGGAGCCAUUUGAUGCAAAUGCAAUGGCUUUGUCACUGCACCAUGAUCAGAGAAUUAUGCUGGACCAAGUGGGAGGUUUUACUGAUGGAGUAGCAGUCAAAGUGGUCGGUGAAGAGACAUUUCGUCUUUGCAGGGAACUGGUUGAUGGUGUGGUUCUUGUUAGCCGUGAUGCUAUUUGUGCAUCGAUAAAGGACAUGUUUGAGGAGAAACGGAGCAUUUUAGAACCAGCAGGAGCUCUUGCCCUAGCUGGGGCUGAAGCUUACUGUAAAUACUAUGGGCUCAAGGGUGCAAAUGUUGUGGCAGUGACUAGUGGAGCGAAUAUGAACUUUGACAGAUUGAGAUUGGUAACUGAACUUGCAGAUGUUGGUCGACGGAGAGAAGCUGUACUUGCAACUUACAUGCCGGAGGAGCCUGGAAGCUUUAAGCAAUUUUGUGAGCAAGUUGGGCCUAUGAACAUUACUGAAUUCAAAUACAGAUAUAAGCCCGAUAAAGAAAAAGCUUUAGUACUAUACAGUGUCGGUCUCCACACAGAAAUAGAACUUGAAGCAAUGGUUGGGAGAAUGAAAUCAGCUCAGCUAGAUACCAUUGAUCUUACGAAAAACGACUUGGUCAAAGAUCAUUUGAGACAUUUGAUGGGUGGAAGAUCGAAUGUUAAAGAUGAAGUACUUUACCGUUUCACUUUCCCUGAGAGACCUGGUGCUUUGAUGAAAUUCUUGGAUGCUUUGAGUCCUCGUUGGAACAUAAGUUUGUUUCACUAUCGUGGACAGGGAGAAGCUGGUGCAAAUGUUUUGGUAGGCAUACAACUUCCUGAGACCGACAUGGGUGAGUUCAAGGAACGUGCAAAGAGUCUCGGGUACUACUAUGAAUUGGAAACACAUAACGAAGCAUUCCAGCUCUUAAUGCGGUGAUGGAAUAUCAACUUAAAAAUCCAAGACUUUGUAUUUGAAGUUUAUUAGUUCGUUUUGAGUGUGUUCCCUAUCCUACAUUAGCGGACAGGUAAAAUAAACUAGAUAAGUGGAAACUGUUGCUAUUGUAGAGUCAGUCUUAAAUAGCAUAGCAUGUUAGGUGCAUUUUUAUCUAGCUUUUAUACACGUCUCUCUGUCCGUCUGUCUGUCUGUCUGUCUGUCUUAUGCGGGAUUGAGUUUUCUAUGAAAUCAUGUGACUUCUGUGUUGUGCAAGGAUGCAGAAGAUUUGGAUGUCUGUCUGUGUAGUAUUUAUUGGCUUUUUAAGAUUGAGGCUGGGAUUAGUUUGAUAAGUUUUGGUUGCUUGAA